AUGGAGCAUUUGAAACGUUUUUCUGAUGCUGUAUAUGAAGGAAUGUGCUUCAUCGCUGGUACACCCAACGAGGUGGCCAUCAGACGAGACGUGGAAGACGUCCAUGAUGUGGUGCUCAAGCCUCUUCAAGAGAGACGGCAAAUUCGAACGAUAAAGAGUGGAAGUUACAAGGAAGGAUUUCGAUUCAGGGGAUCGGACAUUGACCAAAUGUUCUGGAUGACAAAUCAUCGUUUGAUUUGGAAUCUGGAAGAAGCGGGUGAUUUUAAUAGUUCCAGUGAUACAUUUAUCCUUUUGAAUUGGAAUCCAGACCGUCUUGGAUUUGUUUUUCUGGAACUUCUCUCACCGACAUUUGACAGUUACGUUGGUCAAUCAAUAUUCAAUAUUAAUGAUAAAUUAUUCAUAUCAAGUCUGCUUUAUAGAGAAAGUACUUUACAAUGGAUCAGACCAAACACAACGGUCCAUGGACCUUGUGCAAAUGAAAAGGAUGGAAACGUUGAAUGGGACCGCGUGCACUGCUUUAUUUGUAAACACUGGCCACCCUUUGCCCUCCCUUUCAUAGAGAGAAGUUUAAAAAAUGGUUGGCCUCGUGAAGAUCAUCUGUGUGAAGCACUGGCAACAGGGUGUCAGGUUGUUCCGAUCGGACUCAAGGGAUCGCCACUGGAAAACUACGAAUGGCGCCUCUCGUUUUGUACUGCAGAACAGAAACUCGUUCAUUCUUUAAAUCACACACAAUUUAUGUGCUUUGGUUUGCUAAAGUUGUUCAUUAAAGAGGUCGUAAAUGCAGUUGAUGAACAGGACGAACCUUUGCUCUGCUCAUUCUUCGUAAAAACAGUCUUGUUCUGGGUGAUUCAAAAUGAUAAAGUUAUACAGUGGGUACCCUCAGAUCUUCUCAGAGGAUUUUGGUGCUGUCUGAAAUAUUUGUUACACUGUGUCUUUCGUGGAUAUCUUCCAAAUUUCUUUCUUCCUGAAAAUAAUUUAUUUACAACAAAAGUCCGUGGUCAGUCACAACAGAAGCUGUUUGAAAAUCUGUAUGAGCUAUACAAAAUGGGUUUUCCUUGUCUCUUUCAGAGUAAGACACUACGGCCUUAUUUGUGUCGAGCUAUUUCUAAUCUGAGUUACAUUCCCAGAACAGAUGAAGCGGCCUUUGUAUCAGAGAUAGAGGAAGACAAGCAUCUGUUUUAUGAAAUGGGAACACACGACGCAUUCAACACAUACUGUUCAGAUAUUAAUGAGAGUGUUGUUCUGUUGUCUGGUAUCUGUAACUUGAACCCGUCAUCUUUAACACACAAUCAGUUUGUUGCUUUAGAGAAAUUUACGUCCUCAAUUCUCAGAUACCUUGCAUAUCAUCUGCAUAAUAUGAAGUUUUUCAGUAACAAAAAUAGAUACAGAGUGGAACGAUUGUGUGAGCAGUUACUAACAGUUGUAGCUAAAAUGGGUUGGCUCUCUGACGUCAUUUAUAUACCACUGUACUUGUAUGUCAUAGGCAAAAUAGGAAAAGCUGUCAAACAUAUAGAAUGGGCAAAACUGAAGUUUUGCAAGCCCUUUGUGAUGUAUCGCAGUGAAGUUGACAGAGAAAGCUAUGUCGAGGAAUUGUGGGAAAUGUCUUUGAGCUAUAAAAGAAGAUAUGCUGCACUGAGAGACAUUCGAAUAGAGAGAGUUGUUAUAAAAGAAUUGGAAUUAGAAGAAAAGACAACGAAGCGAUACUGUUUAUACGCUCAUCCGAAAGUUAUGCUGAAUAUGCUAUACCUGUUGUGUAAUCGUGGAAACGAAAACAAGCAACACGAAGCUCUCCAUGAAAUGUAUGACUUCCUGACUAACGAUGAUUCUCAUAUCCCUCCAGAACUCGAGGAAAUGUCCUGGGAAAUGCUCGGAAUAUGUCAACAACUCUGUGGUGACUUUAGAGGGGCGGUGCAAUCAUUUCAAAUGUCUCUUGACAGUGAGCUCCUGUUCCAUGGCUUUGAAAAUGCAACGAUGGCAAGAAUAAAAAAGAUCCAGAAAGAGUUGUCCGAGUAA